AUGAUCAAGGGCCAAACUCCAUCUGCUGAUCAAGAUAACAGUGGAAUGAUCAAAGGCUCUGGAGCAGCUGCUGGAUGGGCUUUGUGUGAGGACUUUGUCUGUCUCUCUGGCACUAAAACCACGGACACCCCACCGAGAAGCAGUGUGACGGGGGUAAAAUCCCUCAAUAAAACCCUCAACAGCCCCCCGGAGACGGAGCUGUCAAACUCCCAGAGAGCAGGACAGCUGACUCAGCCUGAAAGUGUCACCGGGAACAACACAUCAUGGAGGCCUCAGUCGUGUCAGGAGUGUACUUGCUACAGCGACGUGGCCAUCUGCAGGCCCACCUACUGUCCAAACCCAGAGUGUGAUAUCCAGAGGGGCGAGCGUUUGAGGAUCCCUGCCAACCAGUGCUGUCCGGAGUGCAUCUCCUCGUCCCAGGGCUCCUGCCAGUACGAAGGAGUCAUUUAUGCACAUGACAGCCAGUGGAGUCCCUCGCCCUGUACAGCAUGUGUCUGCUCCAGAGGUAGUGUGUCCUGCACCCCUCACCCCUGCUCACCUCUCAGCUGUCCCUCGGACCAGAGCCCGUUCACCCCAGCUGGAGAAUGCUGCCCCAAGUGUGGCCGCAAUGGAGAAUCUUGCUCCUGGCAAGGCACUGCAUACAGAGACGGUGAAGAGUGGAAGCCAAGCCUCUGCUCCAGAUGUGUCUGCAGCAACGGGGAAGUCCGGUGUUCGGUAGCAGAGUGUCAGCAAGUGGCCUGCAAACCGCAUGAGAACCUGGUGAUCCAGCCAGGCCGCUGCUGUCCUCAAUGUGUGUCCAAUCCCUGUCUGUCUGCUGGUAAACAGCACCAGCAUGGCGAGCAGUGGCAGAAGAACGCCUGCACCACAUGUGUGUGUGACCGGGGUCAGUCUAAGUGCCACACACACGCCUGUCAGCCCGCUUCCUGUGCCAAG